ACACACCUGCACCAGAUCUGUCACCGUGCACUGGGAUAUUUCCACAGAUUAUUCCUCUGUGACUGCUGGGCCCGUUGAAAAUACAUUUUCAAAUUCAGUGAACAGCCAACGACCAAUCCCACGUCCUCGUACCAAAACGCACAAGCAGGAAAAAGAAAAGGCCAAAGUUCAAACUUUGGUAAAACUCAGUGACGGCUCUGAGAAUACCGACUCAUAUUUUCAAGAUAAUUCGACAAAUAAGUACUUACAGGAUUUAUUAGAGGUCUUUGGUGGAGAUAAGUGUCAGGAGAAAAGUGAAACAACAUACCAAUCAGAGGAGGGUUCCCGAGGUGAAGAUGCUGUCAGCGAGAUGAAUACUAAUCACAGUCAAAGGAAUAUCCAAGCCAGGAUCCAGGCUUUUGAGAGCCAGGCUUCCAGCAAAGAGGAAGAUGUAUUGGAAUCUGCCAAACCCGAACCUGUACCCAGGAAAACCACUCCCAAACCCCCAGUUGCUGCUAAACCUUCUGUAGCUCUUAAACCCAAAAGUUUUGAUGACAACAAUCAAAACAUGCCAACCACCCAAAACCCAACCCCGGCACCCAGACCUCAGCCCCCCAAAAAGCCCGUGGGUCACUCAGUAAGGGAGGAGCUGGAGACUUUACACAGCAAGGGGGUCCUCCAACCCCGAUCCCGGCCUUCUGUGUUGACCAGAGGCAUCACCAUUAAUGAAGAGGAACAGUCCCAAAUUCCACCUACAGCUCCAGUAAAGCCUUCCAAAGAACCCCUCAAACCCAACUUAAACAUAAACAACCAUAACUCAGCCUCCAUGUUCAGAAAUAACGAGGAUCCUCUACCAGAAAACACUGCCAUCAAACCCCAGCAUGUUGUGGACAGCAGUGAAAUCUCCUUCACCAGACAAAGUGUCACAAGAAGACCAACAACCAUCAGGGUACCAAGCAAAACGGGUUCAAAUCUUUUUCAGGACAGUCCGCCUCCUCUGCCAGUUCAGAAGCCUGUUGGCACUUUAAACUCUUCAGUGAACUUCAAACAAAGCUCGAUACCUACAGUCCCCUUCCAGAGCUCGUUCAGUACUGGGACGGAGCCACCACUACCACCCCGAAAGCCCACUGCGAACAAAACCCUUCCUCCUCGCCCUCCUCCUGCCAAAACGGCUCCUGGAAGACCUCCCCCACCAAACCCUCAGUCCACAUUUACCCCUCAGUCUGCAUCACGGCAGCCCUCGUCCAAACCCAAAGCUCAGAAGCCCCAAAGGAAAUCGCUCGUGUUGCCUCCAAGGCCCAGCCCGGGCCACCGUCUCUACAACAAAUACACACUUCAACUCCCUCAUGCGAUUGCAGCCACUGACUACAAUGGGAGCAACACAGGAGAGUUGUCAUUUCAGAAAAAUGAAGUGCUUCUGCUUCUGGAAAAGAUCAACCACAAUGAAUUUGAGUGUCAAGUUGGAGAAGUCGUAGGCAAAGUCCAUAAGUCUCGCAUGCAGAUAAUAACUCCUCUUGACUCACACUUACCUCCACCACAGGAAGAAGCUGCUCCGGCUUCAGGAAGAACUGGUAAUGCAGUGACGGUGCAGGCACUGUACGACUUCACCCAAGAGGGUCCAGGAGAGCUGGGUCUCAGAGCAGGAGAUGUCGUAACAGAAGUGGAGCAGGUGGACAGUCAGUGGUACAGAGGCACCUAUAGAGGGGCCACUGGGUACUUUCCCGUCAACUUUGUCAACGUUUUGUCAAAUUCACCAAAACCCAUCCCGGAAAGAAAAGCAAAAGCAAAAUCCGCACCAGUCAGUGGUCCGAGGUGUGUGGCAAGAUUUGACUUUGAGGGGGAGCACAGUGAUGAGCUGUCCUUCCUUGAGGGAGACGUGAUUCAGCUGAAGGAGUAUGUGGGGGAGGACUGGGCGCGUGGACAGGUCGGCGUCGCCAUGGGCAUCUUCCCCAUUAACUUUGUGGAGAUCAUUGAAGAUCUUCCACCCCCAAGUCAGCAGCAGUCCGACAGGAUAGCGCUGCCAGGUUUGGCUGAUUCUGCUCCUAGCAAGCAACCCGUUGCUGCCACACCUGCCCAGGUGCCUGAGUCCAAGAUGGAGUGGGUGGUGGCGCUGUAUGAUUACACUGCAAAGGCAGCCGAUGACCUCUCCUUUCAAGAGGGUGACUGUAUCCUGAUCACAAAGCACAUCAGUGAGGAGUGGAGCUGUGGCAUGCACAGUGGCAGAGAGGGCAUGUUCCCAAUGGCCUUUGUUAAAUCCACAACAGGACCGCAGUCAUCAAAAAACAAACCGAAUGGAGAAGCAGGUGGCAGAAGAGCCAGGGCUCUGUUUGACUUCACAUCACACUGUGAGGAGGAGCUCUCAUUCCAGGUUGGGGAUGUUAUAACCAAUCUUGAGUCCAUGGAUGAAGAAUGGUUUUUAGGGGAUUUAAGGGGAACGCGAGCCCUGGUCCCUAAAAACUAUGUUCAAGUACUGUGACAUGGCUGUACUGUCUGCAGUGGAGGACACGGCUGGAAACCUGGACUGGAGUCUCUCUUUAGCAGCUUUUAAAUCGACUUUAGUAUUUAACUUCAAAGUGUUCCAACCCCUUUUCUAAAAGAUUGUUUUUACCGUUUACUGAGUAACUUGUUGAAAAUUAUGAAUAAAGAUGGAUGAGUUUGUUCAUUUUUCAACUGCUCAUUUGCACCACCUGCUGGUCAUC